AUGCUUGCAUUUAAGCAUUAUCCCUUAUUAAAAGUCAAAAAAGAAAAUGCCUUUUCUGAUUUGCCUAAAAACAUUUAUACCUCAAUUAGAAAUUUAAACAAUUCUGGAUCACAAGCUAAUAAUCAAUUUCAUGAACAAGAAUCUCAAGCAUAUGAACAAGGAUUUCAAGUUAAUAAACAAGAAUCUUAA